UUGUCGAGAUUGCAACAGAGGUGGGCACAAAAAAUCAUCAUCAUGGCCAGUAAUAGCUAUGGUGAACAUUUCUAUCAAAAUAAGCUGCUGCUCGAUCCAACAGAAGCUAGUUUCCUCGAUCUGAUUCUUUUCUUAGUUUCCUCUAACAUAAAAGGUAGAGGAUUCAUUGAGUGCCACGAAGAGCAAGGGCUGAGAAAUUUUAAUAGCCGAUGGAUAGUCGUCAUAUCAGUUCUUGUGCAAAAAAUCCUACUUUUCUUCAGAAAACCUAUGGCUAUGAUAGGAAAUGCGUUGGAGAUGUGGUUAAACCUUCUCCUAUCCAACGGCGGCUUUUUCAAGCUCUUGUUAAAUAUUUUGAAGGGAAAAGUUGUAAAGACACCAGAUCGAUCAUCGGAAAAGUUCAUAUCCGUUAUAGGAAAUCUUGACUUGAGAGUGGAACUAGACAAGAAAUCCAGUCCUGGUGACAAGAAGUAUAAUGCAUCCUUGUCUUGGAUGGCCGCUAAAUUGGCAUACGAGAACGGAGCCUUCGUUGAAUCGAUAGUCAAAGAUCACUGGAAUAUGAAAUUCUUGGGUUUCUUCGACUUUUGGAACGAUCACUUGAACCAGGCUUCAACGCAUGCCUUCAUGUUCCAAGAUACAAAGGCAGACCCUAACCUAUUUGUGCUGGCAUUUAGAGGGACCGAACCAUUUGAUGCAUAUGGAUGGGCCACAGAUGUGGAUCUCUCCUGGUAUAAGUUUAAAGGCAUAGGUCAGAUCCACCGUGGCUUUAUGAAAGCCCUGGGCUCGCAGAACAAUGGCUGGCCUAAGGAGAUUAUUGAACCAGAUCAUGACCACUUGUAUGCGUACUACGAAACGAGACAAAUGCUGAGGGACAUAGUUUCCAAGAACGAGCAAGCAAAAUUUAUAGUUACAGGGCACAGUUUGGGAGGGGCAUUGGCCAUAUUGUUUGUGGCUGUGCUAACCAUGCAUGGCGAGGCUGAGUUGCUGGAGAGAUUGGAAGGCGUUUACACAUUCGGGCAGCCUAGGGUUGGGGACGAGGAGUUUGGGGAAUACAUGAUAGAUGGGUUGAAGAAGCAUAAAGUGAAAUACCUGAGAUACGUCUAUUGCAAUGACAUGGUUCCUAGAGUGCCUUUUGACAACAAUAGUUUCUUUUACAAGCACUUUUGGGAAUGCAAGUACUAUACUAGCUGUUAUAAAGAGAAGGUUAUGCAAGAAGAGCCGAACAAGAACUACUUCUCUUUGUUAAUGGCCAUACCCAAAUUCUUGAAUGCUGUUUGGGAGCUGAUCAGAAGUUUUAUAAUCCCUUGCCUGAAGGGUCCAGAUUACAGAGAAAGUUGGUUGAUGACACUGAUAAGGGUGGUAGGGCUGGUGAUUCCAGGAUUAUCAGCACAUUGUCCUCAAGAUUAUACUAAUUCUACUCGGUUGGGGUCCUAAGCCUAGUCCCUCCAGCUUCAGGACUCUCAGCAAAAACUUCACCAUCAUAAUAUCUUUGAGCUUUUGCGUUCAUUGCAUAUUUGAUGAUGAAAUGAUGUGCUCAAACAACUUAUGGGAUCUGAAAGUAGAUCACUAUAAUAUAAUAAGUUGCUGUAUUGUGUGUGAAAGACUACUUUGAACAAUAAAAGUUGGAUGUUCUCUGCUAUAACCCUAGCUCUUGUAUGAUCAAUGGGGAAACAAAUUUAAAUAUAGCAUUCCACCAGCUGUAGUCUUCAAAGAAUGGUUUUCAGUUCUGGAAAAUUAUGAAAGACUACUUUGAACAAUAAAAGUUCAUUCACCGUUUGCCCCUUUUUUCA